UGUCUGCUCUGCUCACUGCGCUGUCGGUUAAUAGGAAAUUUCUUCUCAAUGAUGCUCUCAGUUGAAUGUCUGCGCUCAGCGAAGAAGUGCGCGCUUUUCUGCAGUUGUUCGUUACAUUUGGAAUUUUUCAAUGCAAUUGAAUUUUGUAUACCUGACGACUGCUUGACCGGCCGGCUACGAAUUUGGAACAAAAAGUAGUGAGACGAAUGCGUGAAGAAGGAAAAGAAACGGAAGAAUUACGAGCCCGCUUAUUUUUUAAAAGCAGUGUAUGUCUGGCCAAGGGUUCGUGUAUACACAUGCAUAUGUACUUGUGGAUAUGUGUUUCGCGACUAUUUUGGGGCGGUUUGAGGCGGCAAUAUUGAAACGAGUAUAUUAGUCAAUGCAUAUUGCGAAAAAGUGGCAACUCAAAUGUAAAAAAAAAAAAAAAAAAAUUAGAACGGGAAGACCAGGUAUAUGAAGCGAAGUAAUUUAAUCAAAAAUCAAAAUAAAAGAAAGACAGUGAACAAUAGACACAGUAGGUUAUUAGUAAAGAAAUCCAAUUAGACUAACCUAAACGUAAAACAAUGUGCAAAAUGUGUAUAGAAGUAAUGUCAAUAAGCAAAUGCAGCAAGGAAGUAAACCAACAAUCGUUUGGAUUGUGAGACUGUGGUGUUUUGUUCAACGCUUGCGCCACCGGUCUUCCCAUCUUGCAAGCGGUUCCGUUAAAUGUACGUUAAUACGGCACAUCACAACUUCACGUGACGAAUGAAUGCAAGGAAUUGAACAAAGUAAAUUACAACUUAUACUGACUAUCAUAAUUGGAAAUAGUAAUUUCGUUAGCUGUGGUGACUGAUAGAAUUUCAAAAAUGUUCGAGCUGGAAGAUUAUUCAAGUGGUUACCACGAUUCAAUCCUCAAUAAAUACGCGGACACAUCGCGGCCUACAUUAGACCUAUACACCUCAGAUUCGCUGCAAGAUAUGCUGGAUAUUGAUAUACGCAGCGAGAUUUCGAAUGUAGUUGGCGUUAGUAGUGAACUCGCUUCUUUGGUCAACGAUCUGCCGUCCUCUUUUGAAAAUGCCAUCGAUGCAAUUUCUUCCACACACUAUAGUAAUAAUAAUAGUAGUAGUCUGACUUCUGGUGCGAUAUCGUCCUCAGGCACAAGCUUUUCUUCUUGGCUAGGCAAUAGCUCCGGACCAUCAUGGUCGUGCUCGAACGACUAUUACGUAGAUGUAGGCGCUUGUGUGGAUCCGAUUUCGGUUAUGCCGUUGAUAUCCUCAUCAUUGCUGCAUAGGUCACCGAAGAUAAAUUUAAAUGCGAAUAGUCUACAGAGUUCUGUAUAUUCGCCGCCACCGCCCGCCUCACCUAACGUUAACGAAACCAAAUCACAUUUAACAUUCUCUCCUGCCCAAUUAAAAGUAAGCGCCGGUGCGAUGCGUAAUGAGCAGCUUUAUUCACAUAUACCAAAGCAGAUUGUGACGAUUUCAUCAACGGUGACAGCGGGCACAACAGCGCCGGCCACUUUGGCGACGAACUCGAUACUGCAGCGCAAGGGCUCGACUGCCGUAGAGACGAUCAAGAAGGAUUUGUGUGUAGAGUUGCGGAAAGUUACUGCGAGUUAUGAGGAGACCAGAGUCAGUGUUACAAGUAAUAAUGGUGGAGGAAAUGCUAGCAAUAAUUCCAAUGGGAAUGGGCUGGCGAACAAUGUUAGCAGUGGGAAUAGCAACGUCAGCAGUAGUUUGCUUAAUUCGAAUGGCAUGCUGAAUAGCACGACAACGAAUACCAUCAAGCUGGCGCCUGGCAUUGGUGGUCUAACAUUUGCCAAUAGCAUCGCUUAUAACAAACUGAAACAACAGGCUGCUGCGAAAUCUGCGCAUAGCGGGCAAGUAGUUACAACAAACGGCACGAUUAUGCUUAAGAGAGAACGUGACUCCAGUCCGUUGCAAAAUAUAAGUGUUGUGAAUGCCAACGGUAGCUCAGUUGGCGGCGGCCAACAUGUUACAAAGUUGGUGGGACGAAAUGUGCAAAAUUCUAGUUUUACGCCAAAGAGCAUAGCAUCUGUACAUUCACCGCUCAUGCAGAAUGGCAGCAAUUCAGUCGGUUCGCCAUCAUCGUCUUCAUCCUCUUCGCACUCCUCACCAUCGACUAGUUCGACUACUGGCAGCUUUACUGCCGGCCUCAUACCAAUAAGUCUCAACAAUGGGCCAGCCAUCACAACGCCAUCCUCUGCUAGCACCACAACUAUCACAACAAUUUCUGUAAAGCCUCUACAACAGCGAAUUAAGAUUGCCCCAGUGGAGUCUGAGUUUCCAAAGCCAGCAUACUCGUAUUCCUGCCUUAUAGCCAUGGCGUUAAAGAAUUCACGUAGCGGCUCACUGCCUGUAUCGGAGAUAUAUAGCUUUAUGUGUGAACAUUUCCCGUACUUCCGAACAGCGCCGAGCGGCUGGAAGAAUAGUGUGCGCCAUAACCUCUCGUUGAAUAAAUGCUUCGAAAAGAUUGAAAAACCCGCGACAAAUGGUAAUCAGCGAAAGGGUUGUCUUUGGGCUAUGAAUCCAGAACGUAUUGUAAAGAUGGAGGAAGAGGUACAAAAAUGGUCGCGUAAAGAUCCGAUGGGUAUUCGAAAUGCUAUGGUAAAUCCAGAUCAUCUAGAUGCAUUGGAGCGAGGCGAAAUGAAGCAUGGUAGUUCAGGUGACUCAGAUAUCGAAUUGGAUAGUCAAUCAGAAAUAGAAGAGACCUCCGAUUUGGAGGAGCAAGAAUUGGACGAUACCAUUGUAGACAAUAUGUUCGUGGAGGAGGACAUUGAAGAGGAUGAAAUGUUAAGUAGUGGCAUUGUGAUGAAUAGCUCGGAUGCCUUGAGUGAGGCAGGAGAUGUGAAUGGCUGUGGUGCUGGCGAGAGUGUUGUUGGCAUGCAACAACAUCGAGACUUUGAUAUAGAGGUGAGUUUGGAGACACACAAAAUUGAAAGAGUGGAGAAGGUGGCGCAAAAAGUGCUUGAGCGUGAGCAGAAGGUCGAGGAUAUUUACGAUGCAAUCGAUAUUGAAGACGAUCAAACUCAUUUGUCCAUCAAUCAAUCUGAUAUAAUUGAACUAAGUCCUGCCGAUUUGAAUGUAGCUGCGCAAUCGCCGAAGCGUGCGCGCCUCAAUAUAAAUUAUUCGUUAGGACCUGCUGGAGAGUUGGAAAAACAAAUAAAACAGCAAAAAAUCCAACAACAACAACAACAGCAGCAGCAGCAGCACCAUCAACAGACACAACAUCAAACACAACAGCAACAGCAGCAGCAGCAGCAACACUUUCAACAACAAAAACAGCAACAAAAGCCAAAUCAACAGCAGCAACAACAACAACAUAGUAUAAAACAAUAUAAAGUGCAACCACAACAUAUUGUUGUCCAAACUAUAACGAAUGGCAGUAACACAACAUCAAUUCAGACGAUCAAUGCGGCAACAGGUACAACAAUUGGCAGUGUAAGUGGUGCGAUCUCCACAUUGGGGGUAUCACAGAUCAAUGGCACAUUGGCAAAUAAUCGCCGCAAAAUACAAUUAGUCAAUCGUAUUGUUUAAAUGUUAAAUUAACAAACGAAAUCACACAAAGAGCCACUCAGGCAUUUGUUCCUAAAGAACAGGUCUUAGGUAGGAAGAAGAAGAAUAAGAAGUAUAAUAAUGUUUUAUUUUGAAAUAUUAUUAUAUAGCAUAUAAGGGUAUAUGUAAAUAAUUAGUAUAACAAUAUGUAAGACACUCAACUGUAUACGUUGUACGAACGCGCUUAUCAAUUAUUUGGAAAGGUUUAAUGUUUGUAACAAAAAACAAAAAAAAAAAAACAAAAAACAAAAAAGCAGAUUUAUCUAUCUUCAGGGCUCAAGGCUAAUAAGGUUACAUCCUCAGUUUCAGUAAAUAUGUACAUGUACAUGUCGUGUAAGGAGUGUCUAAUAUCACUUACAUUUUUGUGAAGUGAAAUCUAUUAACGUUUUCUUUUGCCGAAUUAACCCUACACUGCCUUCUUAUCUCAGGCUUUAUGUUUGUUUAGGGCCUUCGCGUGUUCUUUCUAAAAUGUUUGUGCAACUUCAGUUUAAAGUGAGCAGUGCGUUGCCUAGCCCAUUUUGACAACUUAUAGCAGCAUUACUCAAUAAUUUUCCUUUUUUAUUUUAUUUGCGAAAAUUUUUAUAAUACACAAUUUUAAUACAAAAUUUUAUUUAGUCUUAUAAAAUGUAU